AUGCAUGUAUUGAUAUGCAUGGUGAAUAGACGAGUUGCAGAAUAUCACUAUGAUAUGGCGGGCGUCUCUCCCUCGUCAAAAGCCCCAAAAAGGGUUGCUGAACUUCCAUCUCUGCAAUAUAGGGCAAUUGAUGUCAAGACCGGUGCCGGAGUCGGUCCUAACCGAAGACCCCAGAGACCAACCACCACGCAAUAUCAACCAGAAACAAUUCCCAGACGAAACAACAAGAAAUCAAGUGGCAAUUUACACACUUCGCUUGAUACUACUCAUCAGAUUUAUCGAUCACCUCGCCGGGUCCGUUUCACCCUUCCUUCCAAAGAUGGCACCUCCACCAGCGAUUCUCCCACAGCGCCUCAGCGAUCAUCAACAGCAGCCUCUAGAGAUCUCGAAGCGCCUCCUUUACGCCGGCAGAAUCACAAAACUUUCAGUCGCUUCAGCGAUUUCAGCGCUUUCAGUCGACCUACGGAGAAUAGCGAGAAACGUCGCGGUGUCGGCGGAGAGAAACAACGACGCGUUCACGAUGAUUACGCGUCGUUUUUGAAUAGAAGUACCACAAGUGUCCUAGUUACCGCGUCGCCGGGAGUGAGAAAUAGAGUUCAUCCCACUGGAAGUCAAAUGCACACUGAUUCAAAACAACACCAAAAUAAGUAG